CUCAUCACAUCUCACGCAUUGGUAGUUGUUUUGUGAUUUUGCAUUACCCCUGAGAAAUACAUUUUAGGAACUUGCAUGAUAAUUGCAGUUACUGGUGAAGGAAUAAAGGCUGAUGCAAUGUUAGUAUGGAGGAUCAAUUUUAGAAAAGACAUAGGUGUCUUGGGCUGAGGCUGAUGGAGAAAGGAUUACCAAAUUUUGGUGCCUCUGUCAGAAACAGGUCCCAUGGUGCUGCGGGAAGGGUUCACCAGUGGAGGGACAAAAAUAAGCAUCUAUGACAAGGCUGAGCUCCUCUACCCUGCCAGCAGCAUCCUACCUUGCUUCAGGAGCACAUGUGCAUGCAGGUCCCAGAACAUGAGUGAAAACUUGAAGGACUGUUUGAACCAGACCCAGGCUUCCUUAGGAGAAAUGGUGACAAUAAAAACAGAGGCCUGCUCUCCGCACCAGGACCAGGAGUAUGGACACCCUUGCUCUGGAAGGCCCGAUCCACAGUCCAUGGAUGUGGAGCCCAAGAAACUGAAAGGGAAACGGGAUUUGAUCAUGACCAAGAGUUUCCAGCAAGUGGAUUUCUGGUUCUGCGAGUCCUGCCAGGAGUACUUUGUGGAUGAGUGCCCCAACCACGGUCCCCCUGUGUUCGUCUCUGACACGCCAGUGCCUGUUGGCAUCCCUGACCGGGCAGCACUGACCAUCCCGCCUGGCAUAGAGGUGGUGAAAGAGCCCAGUGGGGAGAACGACGUGCGCUGCAUGAAUGAGGUGAUCCCCAAAGGUCAUAUCUUCGGGCCGUACGAGGGGCAGAUCUCUAGCCAGGACAAGUCCGCAGGAUUCUUCUCGUGGCUGAUAGUUGACAAGAACAACCGCUACAAAUCCAUCGAUGGGACAGAUGAAACCAAAGCAAACUGGAUGAGGUAUGUGAUCAUAUCCCGGGAGGAGAGGGAGCAGAACCUGAUGGCCUUCCAGCACAGUGAGAGGAUUUACUUCCGUGCCUGUCGUGACAUCCGGCCUGGGGAGAAGCUGCGGGUCUGGUACAGUGAGGAUUACAUGAAGCGACUGCAUAGUAUGUCCCAGGAGACCAUCAACAGAAAUCUCACGACAGGAGACAAAAAGUUACAGAAGGAAAAGUCAGAAAAGAAUACAGAUAAUCAAGAGGACACAAGGGUUCCACUCCACUUCACCAUGUUAAAGCAAGGGAAGAGCCCCUACAAGCGCAGCUAUGACGAGGGGGAAUCCCACCCCCAAACAAAGAAAAAAAAGAUUGACCUCAUCUUCAAGGACGUCCUGGAGGCUUCUUUGGAGUCUGCCAAAUUUGAAGAGAAACAGUUAGCAACUAGUACACCACUUUCCACAAGAGCAACAUCUAAAUACCAGGCUGAAGAGAUCUUCGAGAGGUGCAGCGGUGCCAUGCAGCAUGGCUCCCUAAACCUCAGCAGAAACCGAAGCGAAGACGAGUGGAAGGCCCCUCAUGGUUCCUCUUUGAGCUCUGCCAAAGAAGUGGGGGUCCUUGAAGACGAGGAAGAAGAACCUCUGUCUCUGAAAGCAGACAGCCCUACCGAGCUGUCACUGGCUUCUGCAGAAGGCAACUCCCACGAAAUUCCUACCACCUCUUUCUGCCCCAAUUGCAUCCGGUUGAAGAAGAAAAUCCGAGAGCUACAGGCUGAGUUAGACAUGCUGAGAUCUGGGAAGUUACCUGAGCCAUCUGUGCUACCACCCCAGGUACCUGAGCUCCAAGAGUUCUCAGACCCCACAGCUUCAGAAAGUAUCAUCUCUGUUCCCACCAUCAUGGAGGAUGAUGACCAGGAGGUGGAUUCUGCUGAUGAAUCUGUUUCCAAUGAAAUGAUUGCUGCUACAGACGAGCCUUCUAAGAUGUCUUCUGCGACGGGACGGAGGAUACGGCGGUUUAAGCAAGAGUGGCUUAAGAAGUUUUGGUUUCUGCGGUACUCCCCGACAUUGAAUGAAAUGUGGUGCCAUGUCUGUAGGCAAUACACAGUGCAAUCCUCUCGGACUUCAGCUUUCAUCAUUGGCUCAAAGCAGUUCAAGAUACACACAAUAAAACUUCAUAGCCAGAGCAACCUCCACAAGAAGUGCCUGCAGCUUUACAAGCUCAGAAUGCACCCAGAGAAGACAGAAGAGAUGUGCCGAAAUAUGACUUUGCUCUUCAAUACAGCCUAUCACUUGGCACUGGAAGGCAGGCCCUACUAUGACUUUCGGCCUCUGGCAGAACUAUUGAGAAAGUGUGAACUCAAGGUGGUGGAUCAAUACAUGAAUGAAGGAGAUUGCCAAAUCUUAAUCCACCACAUUGCCCGGGCUCUUCGGGAGGACCUUGUUGAACGCAUCCGACAGUCUCCCUUCCUCAGCAUCAUUCUGGAUGGGCAGAGUGAUGAUGUGCUUGCUGACACAGUUGCAGUGUAUGUACAGUACACAAGCAGUGAUGGGCCUCCAGCAACUGAAUUCCUGUCUCUUCAGGAAUUGGGCUUUUCUACAACAGACAGUUACCUCCAAGCAUUAGACAGGGCCUUUUCCAGCCUGGGAAUUCGACUGCAGGAUGAGAAGCCAACUAUUGGCUUGGGAGUUGAUGGUGCUAACAUUACCGCCAGCCUGAGAGCAAACUUGUUCAUGACAAUCAGAAAGACUUUGCCAUGGCUUCUCUGCUUGCCCUUUAUGGUACACAGACCCCAUUUGGAGAUUUUGGAUGCAAUCAGUGGGAAAGAACUGCCGUGCCUGGAGGAGCUGGAAAACAAUCUGAAGCAGCUUCUCAGUUUCUAUCGUUACUCUCCCCGACUCAUGUGCGAGUUGAGGGUCACUGCUUCCACCCUGUGUGAGGAGACUGAGUUCUUGGGUGACAUUCGAGCAGUGAAGUGGAUCAUUGGGGAGCAGAAUGUGCUCAAUGCUCUCAUCAAGGAUUAUCUUGAGGUGGUGGCCCAUCUCAAGGAUGUCAGUGGCCAAACCCAAAGGGCAGAUGCUUCUGCGAUUGCCUUGGCCCUCCUGCAGUUCCUGAUGGACUACCAGUCAAUUAAACUUAUCUACUUCCUGCUGGAUGUGAUUGCUGUGCUUUCACGCCUUGCCUACGUCUUCCAAGGGGAGUACCUUCUUGUGUCGCAAGUGGAUGAUAAAAUAGAGGAAGCUAUUCAGGAGAUAAGUCGGCUAGCAGACUCACCAGGAGAGUACCUGCAGGAAUUUGAGGAAAACUUCCGUGAAAGCUUUAAUGGCAUUGCUGUGAAAAACCUACGGGUGGCUGAAGCCAAAUUCCAGUCAAUCAGAGAAAAGAUCUGCCAGAAGACCCAGGUGAUCCUAGCCCAAAGGUUCGAUUCCCGUAGCCGGACUUUUGUGAAAGCCUGUCAGGUAUUUGACCUUGCAGCUUGGCCCAGAAGCACUGAUGAGCUCAUGAGCUAUGGGAAGGAGGAUAUGGUACAAAUAUUUGAACACCUGGAGACGGUCCCAUCAUUUUCCAGAGAGGUUUGCAGAGAGGGAAUGGACACCCAAGGGAGUUUGCUGAUGGAGUGGCGAGAACUCAAGGUGGAUUAUUAUACCAAAAAUGGUUUUAAAGACUUACUCAGUCACAUUUGUAAAUACAAACAGAGAUUCCCUCUCUUAAAUAAAAUAGUUCAGAUCCUCAAAGUCCUUCCCACCUCAUCGGCCUGCUGUGAGAAGGGGCGCAAUGCCCUGCAGAGAGUGCGCAAAAAUAACCGCUCUCGGCUCACACUGGAGCAACUCAGUGACCUGCUGACAAUUGCUGUCAACGGGCCGCCCAUUGCCAACUUUGAUUGCAAGAGGGCACUAGAUAGCUGGUUCGAGGAAAAGUCGGGCAAUAGCUACGCACUGUCAGCCGAAAUGCUGAGCAGGAUGUCAUCUCUUGAUCAGAAGCCGAUGUUACAGAGUGUGGACCAUGGCUCUGAGUUUUACCCCGAUAUUUAGGAAGGAAUGCCUCAGAUCAGAAAGCUGUUGAAUAAUUUUUUUAAAUCUAUACUCUAAACUUUGAUAUAUUAUAUAAAGUAUAUAUAUAUAUUAUAUAUAUUAAGAAAAAACCCACACUGAAAAUUUUAAAAUUAAGACGAUGUGCGUCUGAUAGAAGCUAGGCAGAAUUUUAAAGAUUGAGACAAUGUUUAGAAAUUUACUGGUGUCUCCAACCAUGGCAGCUGCAGUGUAGGUGGCAACAUUUCAUUCUUUAGAAGCAUGUGCUGGGGCCAUACUCUACAUGUUCAAAUCUAACAAUCUAUAAGCUAGAUGACGGGUCUUUGUUGGCCUUCUUCUCCCGGUGGUUUCCUUUAUAUGUGUGUUGUCGGUUUGUUGGAUUGGGUUUUGUGUUGUUGUUAUUGUUGUUGUUUUUAGUUUCAAUCUCUGCCUCUCUUUUUGUAGUUCAGUUCAGUUAUUGAGCCAUUUGAACCUUUUGUUGACGACCGUCAGAUUUCUGAUUUUCGACAGAGCAUCCUGUGUGUUUAUGUUGUCCCUGGAUCUUCCAGCUCCACCUGGUUCUCUCUGUUGCAGUGGGAGCUUUCUGCACUCACAGAGAUUCCUGGGAGGAAGGAAAGGCUAGGGCCAGGAUUUUGUUUCUUCUGAUUCAGAAACACAUGCCUCCACUAAACUGUGAUACCCCUUUCUCAGUUCUCCCUACUUUUGAGCUGUAGAGUAAUACUUGGCUUUCAGCUCCUUUUAUGAUAACCGUAGUCCUAGUUUAUCAUACGUAUAUUAUAACAUGAUGUCAUGUGCAGAUUAUAAAAUAGCAAAAUAGAGAAGGCAGGGGGAAAUUUUUGCAUUUAUAUUUUUAUAUUGUAGGAAAUAAAUAUAUAUAUAUAUAUAUAUAUAUAUACACACACACAACUAUUCAUUCAAAACCAGGGCUGCUGUGGAAGCUAAACAGCCAAUGAGUCAAGAGCCAUCUCUGGGCAGAGAUUCAAAGGCUUAAAAAAAUUAUAUUCUAAUUUACAUUAUUUAUACUAUGUCUUUAUAAUCCUAGAUUGUUGUGGGGUUUUUGUGUUGUUUUGUUUUGUUUGGAAUAACUGAAAGAAAAACCUGCUGCAGUUUGGUGGCAGGGGCUAUCAAUGCAAGAUUAUCUUGGAUUAUAAACAUGUGAUGAUGUCCUGUAAAGGUUCACGUAUUCUCUUGUGACCAAGGUAACAUGUUCCACAGCACAGCAGACAGAUGACAACAGGAAGAAGGGAUGCUCUACUUCUUCCUGUGAAAUAUUUCUUCCUUUCUUGAAGGGAUGCGGAGUCCAGCCAAAAUGUGAAUAGAGGACUUGCACCUUCUAUCACAGAGGAGAUUGUUCUGUGGGCUUGGGGUUCUUCAUCGUUUUAUUCUUUUAAAGUAGAUGAGCUCCACGUGUUCACACAAUAUCACUUCAGGUUAGAAAGGAAAAAAAAAAAAAAAAAAAAAAAAAAAAAAAAAAAAAGAAACUAAAAAGGUGCAAAAACUCCACAGAUGCUAGUGCCUUGCCCCGCUGAUGUGGCAUGGACAGCACCAACCUGACCAGACCAUCAUGGGAGUGAGAAGCUGUUGUUCAGAAGGUCUCCAAGCUGACAAAUUCUCACUUCCCAGAAGGAUGAGCUUUGUGCCAAGCUGUGUUGUUUGGAAACAUGAUGGUGGUAUCAGCAACACUGAACCUGUCCUUUCUCCUGUUACCCCCUGCCCUUGGUCUUGGUGCUAAGAUAUCUCUAGAACCAUUGCUGCUAGUUGAUAGCUUUUCAUUUAUAUAAAUAUAUAUAUAUAUAUUAUAUUAUUUUAUUUUUUAAACUUUUUCAUUUGUUUUCAAUGGAAAUGUAGCAUGUUUGGAACCGAUCUCUCUCGGAGUCACUUUCACUGCCAGGGUUCACACACUGUCUUCCCCAGGAAAACACGCACUUCUACCUAAUCUCACCUCCCACUAACCCGUUUGCCCUCAGUAGACAUGCACAGUGGACACUGGUGUGCAGCAAAGCCACUGCACACCAUAUCAGCUCUCAGACUCACGGACACGGCUCAGCUGGCGUUUGUCAGAGCUUUGGAAAUGCUUCCCCUCUGUCCCUGUGGUGAGGAGAGGUGGAGCCUGCUUAGAGCACACACAGGGCAAACCCUUCCGUCCUCUGCCCUGGCUUGGUUCAGCCCUAUUGCAGCUGAAGAGGGCAGAACAGCCCCUGCCAGGCCGGUGGGCUGCAAUCUGUAGCACUUACUCACUUUCCCCCAUGCCGUACCUCAGAUAACAUGUGCCACCCAUCUCUGGCUCUGGUUGGGACAGUGGGAGCGAAUGUGCCAGGGCCCCUGGUUUGCAUCCUGCUGCCUUCAGGCAUGUCGCAAGCUAGGCCAGAGCAUUAAGCCUAGGUAUCAAUAUGCAACACCUAGUGAGCAAAAAAUAGUUUUAUUUGCAUAAACUGUUUUAAUUACAUUUUUUUCCUGCCUUUCCCAAUAAAUUAUGUGAUCAAAUUGACCCAUUUAUCUAAAGGAGCAAGAGUUAAACUGGAAACCCUCUGGCACAGUAAGCAAGGCAGCUCUUUAUGUGGCCAUAGCACAGGGAUCUCUGUGCACAAAAUGUCUGCGGCUCUGCUGAUUGCACUGCCUUAAAGCUGUCAGAGCUGUUUCCUUCCAGGGAGCCAGCAGGUCCUCCCAUUAGUUACAGUUUGAGGAGAUGUAAUAAGCAAAAAGCGAGUCCCUGUAGAAGAAUUGCUGCUCCACGAGGCCCUGGCCCAGAGAUGAGCGAGGUAAACUUAGAUGUUUAGAGACAGGCAGAUGGGGAAAAGUACUCCUGCUCAAGUGUGCACAGAUGCAUGGGAAACUGGGGCAGCAGGAGUAAAAAUAACAAAAAGAGACUUUCCAUAAGCUGCACUGGGUGCUAGGGAGGCUGGCAAGGCAAUUUCCAUCCUCUCCUGUUUUUUUAAUGUACUUCUUUGCUCAACUCUGUACCUCUUUGUGGAGGAGAAAAAGAAAUGAUCUGCCUUUCUGUUUGCGGCACUGAAAGCUCCUUGGCACAUGGCUUUUUUUCAUGGAAGCCAUCAAAUGGCCUGACCUACGUGAGGGAAGAGACACUUGGCAACAGUGUCCAGGCACCUCAGUCAGCAGGGACAAUAUCCCAGUGCUUGUGCUUAGCUGCCUGAACUGCCUGUGUGCAACCUUCACUCUGAGCACCUCUGCUUUUUUGCCUCUGGGGAGAAAAUGGUGCCUUGCCUUGAUCGGCAAGGUUAAAGCCACCAGAGACUUGCUGAGAAAUGAUUCCUGUCAUCUGUCACUCCUUCCUGUUGGUUGCUUUGCAAUCCCAUUCUCAUCAGUGACAUCUUUCACCCAGGUACUUAUUCCCAAUAGCAGUGGGUGGCUUUUUCUCCAGGCAGCUGGCUGAAAAAGGGAAAGCAUUUGUUUCGUUCGUAAUAACCGUGCAUGCAAUUGUGAGCAGCAGUGUCCAUGGGAAGAGUAUUUUCCCAUGACUGGACACUGUAGAUAGCUGUGAGCAGGAAAGGCCAGAGAUCCCUUGCAUUUGUUAUGGGGGGAAAUGAGUGCUCGGUGCAGCAGCAAUAAUGCAAACAACUCCCAUCAUCUCCCAUCAGAAAAUAGACGCAGCCUUUGUACUAGACAAGCACAGGUGCUUUGCAAGCUUUCCCUCCAGGUUUAUCUGCCUAUCUCAGAUCUGUAGCUAUUACUCACAUGGAUAGUCCUGUGGAUGGAAACGUGACUGCCGGCACGAGCAAGGCUGUGGGAGGGGGAGAGGAAUAACAAUGCAAAGCGCCCUCGGCUUUUCGGUGCCCUGCCUGGCCAGCCUUGCCUGAGAGCAGGUUGCCUUUUGGUGCUCUGUGUGCAGCCAGCUCCGGGCUGUGAGGCAGGGAGGGUACCGGGAGGGCAGAGAGAGGCUGACCCAAAUGGGAGGUCUCGGUACUUCAGCUUUAAUCAGUGCCUUCCUGCUGCUCUGAACAGAGGGGAAGCUGUUUUGUAUGUGUUGCUUACAGUUUCAUGAGCAGUUGCAGCAGCAGAGAGAAGGUUUUGUUUUUCUCAGAUGAGCUCUUUUCCUCCCCUCCCCUUCCUUGCUAGGGCAUCUGACUGUGAAUAAUACACAUUUCUGCAGACCCCAGAGCUUUUAUUUCUAGCCUGUGAGCUUUUGGGUUGCCAAUUUCCCCUACCCACUUCUUGCUCAGGCUCCUUGAGUCUUACUGCCUGCUGCAAAGCAGAACCCAUGAAGCACAUGCAGACGUGUCCUUCUGCAGGGCUCGUCGAUGGCUGGAGCAGCCAGUGCCCUCCGGCCACAAGACUGAACUCAGCAGGGAUAAUCCUUAUGGAACAAGAGACCAAAGCUCUUCCCAUACCAGCAGCAGCACGCGGGAGCCGUGGGAUGAGCAGCAGAGGGCAGGGUGCCCGCAUGUCUUCUCCUCUGGGGCUUCUGCUGACUCUGGCUGUGUCCCCCGUGCUGCUUGAGCUUUUGCUGAUAGGAAUUCUCAGACAUGAUUCAGGCUCCAUCUAUCUCUUUCUCAUAGCACAAACUCAACCAGGUGGCCCGCAGGGUCUUCGGUGUCCCCUUUCCUUCUUAUCUUAUCCGUAUUGCUGUUUGUUUGACCGAUGGGUAAAACAACCGAAACAGGCUUGCAAAUAAGCAGCAACAUGCUCUGCUUUUGCAGAUUCCCCUCUCAGCCCUGUCGAAAGAGGUCUUAAAAGCAGAGAAAUGGUACGUUGCUCCCCCAGCCAUUGUAUUCAAUGCAGUAACGCCUAUGCAAUUCCUGUCUCCCUUGGAGACAUGUAUGAUGUGUGUGCAUGUAAGCUAGUGUAUGUAUACAGUACAUAUGCAUACCGUCUAUAUAUUGUAUAUACGCACAUCCCAGUACGUAUACACACCAUACAAAAGAUAAAAUCACAUGCUUAUAUAUCUAUAAAUAAAAUCCUAUAUAUUUAUAUAUUUCUAUGUUUUCAAUAGAUAUAAAGAUAUAAUAUAGAGAUGAUAGAAUCAACCACCCUUGUGUAAGGCUGGCCCUGUGUUCUGGCACAAGGCAUGUAACACUGAAGACGUUGGACUUUGGGAUGGUUUUAGCCAUACACUGAGGCCUACAUUUACAGGUAUAGCACUCUGCAGACAGAGGCUUUGCUGUGGUUAGGACAGUGGGAUCCUUGUUGGCAUGUUAUCCAAGUGCUCGAUAAGGUUUGUCUCAUGGGAGCGUCUCGGUGUGGGAACACACUCGAGUAUCCUUGUCUUUUGAGUAAGCCUUUGUUAGGUCCAGCGUGCUCACGCCUGGACAGACACAUAUCCCACCCUCAUAUGCACUUUUCUGUCUCUGCACGGAUGUGGUUGGCAGCUGAGCGUACCCGUGUUGCAGAAAUGUGGCUCUGCUUUUCCCAUCUGCCAUCGCUAGCACAGCACGGAACAACCAUGUGUCUGUGCCGUGUUUCGCAUGCGGCUGUCGGUCAGAAACGCAGCGAUGGAGCUGGAAUAGGGCAAGGAAAGCCAAUGCUUUAUGCAUGAGGGAUGGUCACAGGAUAAGGGCUGGCAGGGCACUGUGCUGAGCCCAAGCAGCCAAUGGCAGCCCCUCACUGCUCUCUCCGUUGUCAUUUUCACCUUCUGCUGGAAGGAGGGUGGGCGUUAUCCUGACCGUUGGUUACACUGGUAUCGCACUGUGCGAGCUCCCCCAAACUCCACACCCCCAGGCUUCUCGCCUCCACACAACUGGUAAUCCACCUCAGCCGUGUCCCGCCUCAGCCGCGGGCAGCUCCCGGCCCCGCUCCUCACCAACCUCAUGGAGGGUCUCCUCUCCCCAGCCCCCUCCUCCGGAUGCCACUGACACUCGUGCAGGCCUGGCGAGCAGGCACGCUGCCUCCAGGCCACGGACUCUGAUGCACUGCACCUCACGUCAAAUAAGCUCGCUGUGCCGGGUAGGGGAACGUGUCUCCUAUGCUGUAAUGUUCCAAAUGCUAUGGGAGGGCUGCAGAGCUUUCUGCCGGUGUGAGGUCCUCACCCGACUGUUGGCGAGAUAUGUUUCUCCUUCUCGCUUACAGAAAGCAGAAAGUUUUGUCCCACACCUCUCUGUACCCCCACCCAAGCACAGCCCUGCUGAACUGUUUCAAGCUGUCUCUCACUCACCCACCACACACACACACACACACACACACA